UUUUUUUUGUUGGUAGGGGAUGAGUUCAGAGGAAAUUCAUCAGUCCGCGGAUCGAAUAACAUGAUUAUGCUACUAUUUUUAAAAAGAGAUUGCCUCAAAAACUUGUGAGAUAAAGUAUGAUAUAAAUUAUAUAGGCCUAGGCCCUAUUGAUUAAUGUAUUGGCUGCCAAUGUAUUGAACGUUGUAUACGCAAAACGAGAAAAAUUCACACCUUCUUGAAAACCGCUCAAUACGGAAAAUAAUGUUUUGUUCCUUUCGGUUCUAACUGUUAGUCUAUUUUCGGAUAGUCAAUGAAAGGGGCGGGGUAAACAAAAAGGCCAAAGGGUAUGUCAUUUACGCGUACUUGGUGACAGUACUGAAGUGAGUAUUCCUACGUUAAUGGUCAGCAGUUUACAGCGUGUCUCCAAUCGAUAGGCUGUUCAUAAAUCUAGCCCAUCAUCCAUAUAAAAACGCACGUGUUUGGUAACAUGGGGGACACUAACGUAUUGGCGAUUGGGUUAGAACAUCCUGAAAAUCAAAAGUGUCUCAGUUUUGCUUCGGAGACGGAGAACUCGAUCAAAUCUUUAUUAACCUCGCGAAACAAACUCGAUAUGAAAAAACAAGCAGAUCAAAUCCAGAAAAAUGACGAGAGUUUGGUCUCGGAGAAGGAUAUUAAGGAAAGAUUAACCAGUAGCUACAAGGACAUUUUGGAAGAAUUGGGUGAAAAUCCCAAAAGAGAAGGACUUUUGAAAACCCCGGAGAGAGCGGCAAAAGCCCUGAUGUUCUUCACUAAAGGUUACCGAGAGAAGAUGAGUGAUAUUUUGAAUGAUGCCAUCUUUGACGAGGAUCAUGACGAGAUGGUGAUAGUGAAGGAUAUAGAAAUGUUCUCUCUUUGUGAACACCACAUGGUGCCUUUUAUGGGAAAGGUGUCUAUAGGAUAUUUGCCAAACAAGCGGGUUCUUGGUUUGAGUAAACUAGCAAGAAUAGUGGAAGUGUUCAGCAGACGAUUACAAGUACAAGAAAGACUAACCAAACAGAUCGCAGUUGCCCUGACGGAGGCGAUACAGCCUGCAGGAGUAGGUGUGGUGAUCGAGGCUACACACAUGUGCAUGGUCAUGCGUGGUGUUCAGAAAAUAAACAGCAAGACUGUAACCAGUACCAUGCUGGGUGUGUUCCGAGAGGAUCCGAAAACUCGUGAGGAAUUCCUCUCCCUCAUCAGGUGAUUAAGAUGGAAAUAAGCGUUCAUUUAACACUAUCAGUAAUGACGAUGGACGAAGAAGAGAAUUUGACACACUUAGGACAAGCUUUACAGUGAUAUAUACUCCAAGUCUACUUUUGUUGAACACUGCUGGGCCGCAGCUUACAACGGGUUCAUUUAUUUUAAAGUCUUCAAUGAAUUGAUCUGCUCACCAAAUUAAAGAUAUCUUCAAUGAAUUGAUGUGACACCAAAUUAAAGAUAUCUUCAAUGAAUUGAUCUGCUCACCAAAUUAAAGAUAUCUUCAAUGAAUUGAUGUGCACAAGGAAGUCAAUUCAUAAUAUCGUUAUUAUUCAUGUAGAAAUUUUUUAUUCUUUGAUUUAUUUAGGUCAAUGAUUCAUUAUAUGAAUUGGGAAUAAGUCGGAAUUGUUAAUAUCAAUUAUCAAAUUGCUUUUUUAAAUGAUUUAUCUCGAACAAUAAUAAAAUUGAUGAUACAUGCAAUUAUAAUUAUUUAAAGAGAUAUUUCAUUCUGUCGUUCUGCGCAAUAAGUCUGUUGUAGAUCUCUUUUGGGUACAAUAUUCAUUUUGUAUUCCAUAUGUCAUUUGAUGUUCCAUAUAAUCUUGCUCUAUAUUAUUUGGUGACCAGAAGUAUGUUCUAUUAUUUGGUGACCAGAUGUUCAUGUUACAAAAAGACGAACCUUUCCACAUUAAAAUCUCCAUCUAUGCUUGUAUUUGCAUCUUAGAAUACUCAUUUAAAAAUUUAUCUUUUUUAUUCUGUCAAGAAAUUCAUAUCCUUGAACUUCAUUUUAUGACAUUAUUUUAUAGGAUUCCCUGUAUUAACGACAGAGUUUUUGAAAUUAUAAGUUGAAUAAUAAUAUAUUUUUUCUCCCAAUAAUUUCAAUGUAUUUUUAUAGAUAAGAGGUUGCCAAUAUAUUUUAUAAGUUUGCCUAUUUUUUGACUGGCAUAACCCUUCAUAAUGAACGAAAAAUGUCAGCGUGGGCUAGGACUAGGCUAUUUGUGUUUUACAGUAAUGAUUUUAGAAAUCUAUUGUUUUCAUUUAUGUAUAUUGUCGUUGAAUGAUUUGAAUAAACCAGAGAUAUAAAUAACA